AUGGAGAGGAGAGCUGACGUGAUGAGCUCCGACAAGUGCACCCAUCAUUUACGGACGGGUCAGAAGCGGUCAGAGAAGAUAAAGGCAGAGGAUCAGAGGAGAUGGCCAGAGGAGCAUCAAAAGGCAGCAGUUCACAGCAGAGUCAAACAACAGUCAAAGCAGGAGUUUGACAAAUGGUUCAGAGGAGGUUCAGAUGAGGCCCUGGGAGGCUUCGCCAAGUCCAUCACGAGCCCAAACUGA